AUGGAGGCUGAAGGUGCACAACAAGACCUUAGAAGCUUCCUCAUCGCAUCUCCUUCACCUGAAAUCAAAGAUGUUGAUGCAGCACUGUUCAGUAACCACACUCAUCCAUCGGUUCCCCGAAACUCGCAGAACCCUAAUUGGCGGAAUCCAAUUUCUGGUGGACUCGAAGACCUUGCAUCUUCCAUGGGGAGACUUAGUUUGUCCCCUCCUGUCCCUUUGUUCGUGGAUCAAGCUAGCUCGCAAAGGUUCAAGUUUGCCGAUACAGGGCAAUUCAGUGUCAAUAACACUUUGCAAGAUUCCCUUUGUCUUCCCAAUCCCUCGAUGGGUACUAUUAAUUCCUGUGUAUCGCAUAACGGGAUUAGACGACUAGGCUCUCAUGGUCACUAUGAGUUGGACGCUGAACAAUUCCUCCAGCGUCGUAGUUUCAGUUCCCUUGAGGAUGUGAAGGGACAAAUGGGUUCGCUGGCACAAGUCGAUCAACGUGGGUGUCUUUUGGGGAAGCCGGCGGUAAUUGAAAUGAUCCUGUGGCAAGUCAAGGAUCAUUUUUGCGACCUAAUGAUGGAUCAGCAUUCUAGUUACUUAAUUCAAAUUGUUUUUGAAGCCAGCAGCGUGGAACAGAAGACCAGGAUUCUUUCCUUGGUUAUUCGAAAUGAGCACAAGCUUAAGGAAGUCUGCAUGCAUAACCAUGGGACUCGGUCUAUCCAGAAGUUUCUGGAGCAUCUCAAAACCCCAGAACAGAUAUCUACAGCUGUAUUUGCUUUGAAGCGGAUCACUGUCAGAUUAAGUAAAAGCAUCAAUGGGGGUUAUGUUAUUCAACAGUGCUUGAAACUUUUCUCGCCUGCGCUUACAAAAUUUAUUCUAGAUGAGGUAACAAAGAAUUGCGUUGAAAUUGCAUCGGACAAAAGCGGAUGUUCUCUUUUCCAAAAAUGUCUUCAUCAUGCUAAGGGAGAUGCCAUGAGGCGGUUGAUUGAAGAAAUAGUUUCGUAUGCCUUGGUCCUUGCAGAACAUCCUUAUGGAAAUUAUGUUGUGCAGUAUGUUGUCAAAAUGAAGAUAGCCCAAGUAAAUUCAGCGAUCAUAUCACGACUUCGUGGUAAAUACGUUCAACUAUCUAUGAACAAGCAUGCUAGCAACGUGGUAGAAGACCUCUUAGAAUUCUCAGAAGAGAGUGAUGCUGCUAUUAUUGUUCAAGAGAUAAUGUACAACCGUAACUUUUUGGGGAUUCUCCAGGAUCCUUAUGGGAAUUAUGUUGUCCAAAGAGCACUGAAAAAUUGCAAGGGCACUCUUAACAAAAUACUUUCAAGUAGCAUUUUGUCUAAUUACCCACAUCUGCACAGCCAUCUUUACGGGAAAAGAGUUCUGGCAUUUGUUAAAGCACGCAAGAUCUGUGUAUGA